CCAAUAGCGUGAACUUUCCUAAUCUCAAGAGAGGCUCUCACUCUGUCAGUAGUGAAGUUACUGAGUAGCUAUAAAUACUGUUAGGAUCUGUCAUCAUAACCGCGUAACGGCUCUCUCACACAUAACACACGGAGCUCGUGUUCAUCCCCUGGAAUGGAGUUGCUCCUCCGGAGAACAAUGAGGUUUCGCUUAGGGUUUCUUGUGUCUGUCAUGACAUUACAGCUCUUAUUUAGCGUAACUUCAGUCCAUGCACAGAAGACCACGGCCGUGUCCAGCGUAAGACAUAAUGAAGGAUACUGUGCAAUGCAUGACAUUUGUGGCGCGCGAAGUGAUGGAAAAGUAUUAAACUGCCCUUAUGGUUCCCCCUCCAUUAAGCCAGAUGAUUUGCUUUCAUCAAAGAUCCAAAGUUUGUGCCCAACAAUCACCGGAAACGUUUGUUGUACAGAAGCUCAAUUUAACACAUUACGGUCACAAGUCCAGCAGGCAAUUCCUUUUCUAGUUGGCUGCCCAGCAUGCUUGAGGAACUUCUUGAAUUUGUUUUGCGAGCUUUCGUGCUCUCCGAAUCAGAGUUUGUUCAUCAAUGUGACUUCUGUUUCUAAGGUUAAUAGCAAUUUGACCGUCAAUGGGAUUGAUUUUUACAUAACUGAUGCUUUUGGUGAAGGGUUAUACGACUCUUGCAAAGAUGUAAAGUUUGGUACAAUGAAUACUAGAGCUUUAAACUUCAUUGGUGCUGGUGCUGAAAAUUUCAAAGAGUGGUUUGCCUUUAUUGGUAGACGAGCAGACCCUAAUUUACCUGGUUCACCAUAUGCCAUUAAUUUCCUGCCAGCUGUUCCUGAGUCAUCGGGAAUGAAACCUAUGAAUGUUACCACAUAUUCAUGUGGUGAUACUUCACUGGGUUGUUCUUGUGGUGAUUGCCCAUCAUCAUCUAUGUGUACUAGUAUGGCCCCUGCUACUACCCACAAAGGGCGCUCAUGUACAGUGAGGAUUGGAUCUCUUAAGGCCAAAUGCAUUGACUUUGCUUUGGCAAUCCUUUAUAUCAUAUUGGCAUCUGUGUUUUUGGGAUGGGGAUUUUUUCAUCGGCAAAGAGAAAAGAGCCAAACUUCAAGAAUGAAUCCAAUGUUGAGUGUCAAUGACGGUAGUAAAUUUCAUUCUGCUAUUGGGCAAAAGGAUGAGAACCUUCCUAUGCAGAUGGAAGAUGCUCCUCAAAUUAAGAACCGGGUUCAACUUUCAGUUGUGCAAGUAUAUAUGUCAAAGUUUUACAGGAGAUAUGGAACUUGGGUUGCUAGAAAUCCUAUUCUUGUAUUAAGUUUGUCGGUGACUGCAGUUCUUCUACUUUGCUUAGGUCUAAUUCGUUUCAAGGUUGAGACACGACCUGAGAAGCUAUGGGUAGGGCCUGGGAGCAAAGCUGCUGAAGAGAAACAUUUUUUUGACCAGCAUCUAGCCCCCUUCUACAGAAUUGAACAGCUAAUUUUAUCAACUAACUCAGAUGCUGUGCAAGGCAAACUUCCAAGUAUUGUGUCGGAAAGCAACAUUAAGUUACUAUUUGAAAUACAGAAGAAGGUUGAUGGAAUUCGUGCUAAUUAUUCUGGCACGAUGAUAUCUCUAAAUGAUAUUUGCAUGAAGCCACUAGGCCAGGAUUGUGCAACCCAGAGUGUUCUACAGUAUUUUAAGAUGGAUCCUCAAAACUAUGAUGAUAAUGGGGGCAUUGACCAUGUGAAGUAUUGUUUUGAGCACUAUAGCUCUGCAGACUCAUGUUUGAGUGCAUUCAAAGCACCUCUUGACCCAAGCACUGCGCUGGGAGGUUUUUCUGGGAACAAUUAUUCGGAGGUAAAUAUUUUUAUUGCUUGGAAGUUGCAAAAACGGUUGGAUCAUUGCAUACGAUCAUUAAAUGAUAUUACUGCACAGGCAUCUGCAUUUGUAAUAACUUAUCCGGUAAGCAAUGCAAUCGAUAGGGAAGCGAAUGAAACUCGUAAGGCAGUGGCAUGGGAGAAGGCCUUUGUUCAGUUAAUCAAGGAUGAGAUAUUGCCAAUGGUGCAGUCUAAUAAUUUAACUGUUUCCUUUUCCUCCGAAAGCUCUGUUGAGGAAGAGCUAAAGAGAGAAAGUACUGCAGAUGUCGUAACAAUAUUGAUAAGCUAUCUUGUGAUGUUUGCUUACAUAUCCCUGACUUUGGGUGAUUCACCACGCUUAUCUUCCUUUUACGUUUCAUCUAAGGUGUUACUUGGUCUUUCUGGAGUUGUGCUAGUCAUGCUAUCUGUUCUCGGCUCAGUUGGAUUUUUCAGUGCCAUUGGGGUGAAGUCUACAUUAAUCAUCAUGGAAGUUAUUCCAUUUCUAGUCCUUGCUGUUGGGGUGGAUAACAUGUGCAUAUUGGUGCAUGCUGUUAAGCGCCAACCUAUGGAUUUGCCAUUGGAAGUACAAAUAAGCAAUGCUCUUGUAGAAGUUGGACCAUCCAUAACACUUGCUAGUCUAUGUGAGGUUUUGGCAUUUGCAGUUGGAAGCUUCAUCCCUAUGCCAGCUUGCCGUGUAUUCUCAAUGUUUGCAGCACUGGCUGUUCUGUUGGACUUCCUUCUGCAAGUCACUGCUUUCGUUUCUUUGAUUGUCUUUGACUUUCUGCGUGCCGAGGAUAAGAGGGUAGAUUGUUUUCCAUGUCUGAAAGUUUCUUCAUCAUAUGCUGAUUCUGAUAAUGGAAUUGGUGGUGGGAGACGACCUGGACUGUUGGCUCGAUACAUGAAGGAGGUCCAUGCACCCAUACUCAGUCUUUGGGGAGUCAAAAUAUUAGUUAUUUUCUUAUUUGUUGCAUUUGCAUUUGCUAGCAUUGCAUUAUCUACGAGGGUUGAACCUGGUCUGGAACAGCAGAUUGUUUUGCCACGAGAUUCGUAUCUUCAGGGGUAUUUUGAUGAUAUUUCAAAGUAUCUCAAAAUUGGUCCACCGCUGUAUUUUGUUGUGAAGAGCUACAAUUAUAGCUCAGAAUCAAGGCAUACAAACCAGUUGUGCUCCAUUAGCCAAUGUGAUGCGAAUUCUCUUUUAAAUGAGAUUGCUAGAGCAUCUCAGGAACCUGAAUCUAGCCACAUUGCAAAGCCUGCAGCUUCUUGGCUGGAUGACUUCUUAGUUUGGAUAUCUCCAGAAGCAUUUGGUUGCUGUCGGAAGUUCACAAAUGCGAGUUACUGUCCCCCUGAUGAUCAGCCUCCAUGCUGUUCUUCUGAUAGUGGUUCUUGUGGCCUGGGUGGUGGCGUAUGCAAGGAUUGUACCACGUGCUUUCGUCACUCAGAUUUGAAUAAUGAUCGCCCAUCUACAGCACAAUUUAGGGAGAAGCUUCCAUGGUUUCUCAACGCACUUCCUUCUUCUGAUUGUGCGAAAGGUGGCCAUGGUGCUUAUACCAGCAGUGUGGAGCUGAAAGGCUAUGAAAGUGGUGUUAUUCAAGCAUCGUCCUUCCGUACUUAUCACACACCCCUGAACAAGCAGAUUGACUAUAUAAGUUCAUUGAGGGCUGCUCGAGAGUUUAGCGCAAGGAUGUCUGCUGCUUUGAAGAUUGAUAUCUUCCCAUAUUCAGUCUUCUAUUUGUUUUUUGAGCAAUAUCUUGAUAUAUGGAGGACUGCUUUGAUCAACCUUUCUAUCGCCAUUGGUGCUGUAUUUGUUGUUUGUUUAGUCAUCACAUGCAGUUUAUGGAGUUCAGCAAUCAUUUUGUUGGUGUUGGUAAUGAUCGUUGUGGAUCUCAUGGGUGUUAUGGCAAUUCUGGAAAUACAACUAAAUGCUGUCUCUGUUGUUAACCUGGUUAUGGCGGUUGGCAUUGCUGUUGAGUUCUGCGUGCACAUAACACAUACUUUCUCCGUAAGCAGUGGGGAUAAAGAUCAGCGAAUGAAGGAAGCUUUGGGUACUAUGGGGGCUUCUGUUUUCAGUGGAAUCACACUAACAAAGCUAGUUGGGGUUAUUGUUCUUUGCUUCUCGAGGAGUGAAGUUUUUGUGGUUUAUUACUUUCAAAUGUACUUGGCAUUGGUCCUCCUUGGUUUCUUACACGGGCUUGUAUUCCUACCUGUGGUAUUGAGCAUUUUUGGUCCACCCUCAAGAGGUAUACUGGUCGAGGAGCAAGAAGAUCGGCCAUCAGUUUCCUCGUAGAUAAGCAGCAGACUUUUAUUUAGGAACACUGUCUUUCUUUUCUUUUUCUUUCUUUUUCUUUUUUGGGUAGAAAUGCCUAGAACCACAUAACAUCAGAUGCAAUUGGACACUUGAGUGGUUUCCAACAUGUAAAUAACUCGAUGUUUCACGGAAAUGAAGAGGACACCAAAACAUCAGUUGUGACAU